CUUCUGUGGUUGGAGCUCAGAGUAUUUCGUGAUGCGCUCCUCGAGAGCCAUACAGUUACUGCGGAAUGGCUCACGGCAGCCAUGUGCCAACGCAAGGAGGGUGCAGCAGCCUAACAUUUACAAGGCCUAUUGCUCCUCCUGCGACGCAAAGCCGGCAAAGAAUUCGAAGUCGAAGGUGAAAGCCGUCUCCGAUCCACCAAUACCCCCAGCCGAUCAUCGACAACUGGCUAUUGACCAGGAGCUAUUUAUAACCUCGAUAUAUAGCCCUGGAUCACCGCUCUUUCUGCCCAAUGGCACGCGGAUAUUCAACCGAUUGACUUCGUUCCUGAAAGCGCAGUAUGCACAGUUUGGGUUCCAGGAAGUUAUAUCACCGACCAUAUAUAAGAAGUCCCUAUGGGAGAAAUCGGGGCACUGGGAGAAUUAUGCAGAGGACAUGUUCUCGGUGACCAGCCGUGGGGCCUCAGGGGAGGUCGAGGGCAAGCAGGUUGGCCAGGACGAGGAGUUCGGCCUCAAACCGAUGAACUGCCCCGGGCAUUGCAUACUCUUCGCCUCGAAACAACGAAGCUUCCGCGACUUACCGAUAAGAUUCUCGGAUUUCAGCCCUCUCCACCGAAACGAAAUAUCGGGCGCCUUGAGUGGAUUAACGAGAGUUCGCCGCUUCCACCAAGAUGACGGGCAUAUUUUCUGCAGGGCGUCUCAGGUUGCUGAGGAGAUCUCUAAGACGCUGGACUUUGUUCAGAUGGCUUACGAAACAUUCAAACUGGGCCCGUAUAGGCUGGCAUUAUCUACACGACCUAAGGAUCAUUAUAUUGGGACCGCGGAGGAGUGGGAUGGUGCGGAAUCAGCGCUGCGAGAAGCGCUUGAUGCAAGUGGGCAAGUUUGGGGCGUCAAUGAGGGAGACGGCGCUUUCUAUGGCCCGAAGAUUGAUAUUAUCCUGAAGGAUUCAGACGGAAAGGAGCAUCAAACAGCCACAAUCCAACUGGAUUUCCAGCUGCCGAAGAGAUUCGAAUUGCAGUAUACGGCACCCGCGCCUGAACUCGAGCAGAAGGGGUUAACUACAACAGACCCAGAGCUGCUCGCUGUUUCUGGGCCAGUGAGGCCUGUCAUGAUUCACCGCGCCGUCCUGGGAUCAGUGGAACGCUUCAUGGCUCUUCUUAUUGAACACUACAACGGACGAUGGCCGUUCUGGCUCAACACUAAGCAGGUCAUGGUCAUCACAGUCAACGACGACCCAUCCGUGGUAGCGUUUGCCUCGGAUGCGAUCAAUGAAAUCCAGGGGAUGCCGAAAUCUGGAACCAAAGCUCAAGCACGCGGCAUGCAUAGCCCCGUGUUUGGAGUCGACCUCGACACAACGUCGCGCUCUGUGAAGAAGAAGAUCUCCGAGGCCAUGAGGAAGCACUACGGCAUCAUUGCUGUGGUAGGGAAGAGCAAUGUCGAUGACGGGCGCCAUAUCACAGUGGACUUCCGAGGUGUGUCCGGAUCACAGAAGGUGAUUAAGCAAGAGCUCCUGCGUGCCAUUAAGGGCGAGAACUCUUCGGACCCAUUGAGUUCCGCCGAUGCCGAUGCCGAUUCACUGGAGUUUACGGAAGGUGAGCUUAAACAGGUGAAUGUGACGCCUGCACAGCUACGGAGCAUUCUUAUUAAACUGGAGCAAGCCUACCAAUAAGGCGUGUACUACAAAUAAGCCUCGGCAUGAUAAUACUGUACAAUACUAUAUAAAUAUUACCCC